GCAUUACAAUAUGCAAUAUUCCAAAAUUUCAGCCAAAUCAGUGAGAGAGCCCAUCUUCUUCACAUUUAUCAGAAAUAGAUAUACAAUUGAGAGUUAGUGGGGAAAAAGGGGAAAAAGGGAAGAGAAUCAGUGCAAGUUAGUGCAGCUAGUUCCGCAAUAGAAACAAACCUAAAAAUGUUCUUAUGACGUACGUAAGCCAAAGAUACUUGCAAAGCAGAGAGAAGGACAAAAAGAAAUACACACUAUCAUUUUCAUAUAGACAAAUUAUCAUGUCCGCAAUCAACAUAAAGACACUUAUCCGACAAGAUGUCCUAAAAUUUCUAAAUUCAUUUGACACUAUUCUGUCUGAUUGCGACGGAGUGCUAUGGCUGCACACAACACCUCUACCAAAUGCAUCAGAUGUUCUAAAUCUGUUUCGCAAGUUGGGCAAACGAAUUUUCUAUGUAACUAACAACAGUACGAAGACUCGUGAUGAAUUAGUAGAAAAAUGCAAAAGUCUACAAUUUGAAGCACACAGAGAUGAGAUUAUAUGUACUGCUAAUCUGUCAGCUCGUUAUUUACAAAGUAAAGCUUUUACUAAAAAGGUAUUUGUCAUCGGUUCUAAGGCGAUUGCAAAAGAAUUGGAACUAGCAGAUAUUUCCUAUUGCGGAAUAGGACCAGAUAUAAUUAUUGAGAACAAGUCAUAUCACGUUUUUGAGAAAGAUCCUGAUAUAUCUGCAGUUAUAGUUGGUUUUGAUGAGCACUUCAGUUAUCCAAAAAUGAUAAAAGCAGCCACAUACUUGAACGAUCCCAAUGUACAUUUCAUUGGGACUAAUACAGAUGAGAGAUUUCCGAUUGAUAAUGACAUUGUUAUACCUGGUACAGGAAGUCUAGUUAGAUGUAUAGAAAACUGCGCAGAGAGGAAAGCAAUAAUUAUGGGUAAACCGGAGGAAUACAUGGCCAAAGUGUUGAAAGAACAAUAUAAGAUUGAGCCGACGAGUACUCUAAUGAUUGGAGAUCGGUGCAAUACUGAUAUACUGUUUGGAACCCGUUAUGGUUUCACGACUUUGCUAGUUCUAACAGGAGUGAGCUCUUUAUCGAAUAUUGAAAAAUGGAAACAAUCGAAGCAGCAGGAAGAGCGAGAUUUCGUGCCGAAUUACUAUAUCGAUGCGCUUGGAGACAUGUUAUGUUACUUGAAACAACUCGAAAUCGAAGCAUCAUAAGUUCAUAGAAUUAACUUUAUAAUCUCGCGGUUGAUGGAAGGCGAAUGUGAACAUAAGUUGAUGUAUGUAGGGUUAGAAGGAUAUUAAAAUUCGCAUUUGCAAUUUA